AUGGCGGCGGCCGGGGCCCCGGAUGGCAUGGAGGAGCCUGGCAUGGACACGGAGGCCGAGACCGUGGCGGCCGAGGCGCCCGCGCGGCCCCUCAACUGCGUGGAGGCCGAGGCGGCGGCGGGGGCGGCGGCCGAGGACGCCUGUGCCGCGCGAGGCAGCCUGCAGCCGGCCCCGGCCCAGCCCCCGGGGGACCCCGCGGCGCAGGCCUCGGUCAGCAAUGGCGAGGACGCGGGCGGCGGCGGCGCGGCCCGCGAGCUGGUGGACCUGAAGAUCAUCUGGAACAAGACGAAGCACGACGUGAAGUUCCCCCUGGACAGCACCGGCUCCGAGCUGAAACAGAAGAUUCACUCGAUCACAGGUCUCCCGCCAGCCAUGCAGAAAGUCAUGUAUAAGGGACUCGUCCCUGAGGAUAAGACGUUGAGGGAAAUAAAGGUGACCAGCGGAGCCAAGAUCAUGGUGGUUGGUUCCACGAUAAAUGACGUUUUAGCAGUAAACACGCCCAAAGACACUGCGCAGCAGGACGCCAAGGCUGAAGAGAACAAGAAGGAGCCGCUGUGCAGGCAGAAACAACACAGGAAAGUGUUGGAUAAAGGGAAACCUGAAGACGUGAUGCCAUCAGUUAAGGGGGCCCAGGAGCGCCUGCCCACAGUGCCCUUGUCUGGCAUGUACAAUAAAUCUGGAGGGAAAGUGAGACUCACCUUUAAGCUAGAACAAGACCAGCUGUGGAUCGGCACUAAAGAGCGGACCGAGAAGCUUCCCAUGGGCUCCAUUAAAAACGUGGUCAGUGAACCCAUCGAGGGGCACGAGGACUACCACAUGAUGGCGUUUCAGUUGGGCCCCACGGAAGCCUCUUACUACUGGGUGUACUGGGUUCCAACUCAAUAUGUGGAUGCAAUCAAAGACACUGUGCUGGGGAAGUGGCAGUAUUUUUGA